AGGAAAUAUGCGGGGCUGCACGCACCUCCAGGGAGUGAGGGCCUGUGGCUGGCGGAGGCCACCUCCGUGUUUAGAGCCUGGCCUAUGACGUGACAGACCGUUUCAUUAGGGACUUCCUGUUAGCUGCCGAGGUCGGGUCAGGACUCUCUCGUGGCCGGAUUGAAUUUGUUCCUGUGUUUGUGCGGAGAGAGGACGGAGGCCAAGAAGCCUUCUGGAAACCGAGAACCUUCCCUGAAGCCCGGACGAGAAGACCUACCUGCCGGAGGUGAGGAGGAACAUGCGCAGAUGGAAGGCAGCUGGCGAGCUUUCCUGGCCGCGCUGGUCGUCGUGGCUGGCCUCCCAGCUUCUGGAUCCAGCUACCAAAUCAUAGAAGGGCCCAGGAAUGCCACGGUGCUGGUGGGCGGGGAGGCCCACUUCAACUGCACCGUCUCGCAGGGCUGGCGACUCAUCAUGUGGGCCCUGGAGGGCACCGUGGUCCUGAGCGUCACUCCCAAGGAGCCCAUCAUCACCAGCGACCGCUUCACCUCCGCGAGCUAUGAGGAGGGCGGUAACUUCAUCUCGGAAAUGAUAAUCCACGAUGUGAGAUUCAGCGAUGCCGGACGCGUCAAGUGCAGCCUCCAGAACAGUGGAAUUGAGGGAUCCGCUUUCCUUUCCGUCCAAGUUGUGGGGACGUUGCUUACCCCCAGUGACAGUCUUGUAGUCAUUGAGGAUGAACCUUGUAAUGUGACUUGCCGAGCGGUGGGCUGGACCCCGCUCCCCGAUCUUUGCUGGGAGAUUGGCGCUCCAGUGAGUCAUUCGAGCUAUUACUCCGUCCCGGAGCCGGACGACCUUCAAAGUGCGCUGAGUGUCCUGGCUCUGACGCCGCAGGGCAAUGGGACUUUGACUUGUGUGGCUAAAAUGAAGGGGCUGCAAGUCCGCGAUUCUCUCACAAUAAAUCUUACUGUGGUUCCUCCUCCGAUGGGCAGUGUCGAUGAAGCAGGGACCGCGCUGCCUACCUGGGCCAUAGCCCUGCUCGCAGUAUCGCUUUCCCUGCUUUUCAUCCUGAUAAUUGUUCUGAUUAUAAUAUUAUGCUGCUGUUGUGUCUCCAGGAAGGAAGAAAAAGAAUCCAGUUACCAAAGUGAAAUAAGGAAAUCUGCAAAUGUGAGGACAACCAAUGAAACUCUUGAGCCAAAAUUGAAAAGCGGAAAUGAAAACUAUGGAUACAGUUUGGAUGAGCAGAGGACCGCACAGGCCGCCUCUCUCCCUCCAAAGCCCCGCGACGUCAGUGUUCCUGAACAGCAGAGCGGUGGGCAAGCUCAGCAGGAACCCAGUCACCAUCAGCCGGGCCCCACAAGCCGCCCGCAGGUGACCUUGUGCAUGGCUGGUCCUAAACAGGUCAGGAACGUGACGUUAGUAUAAUAAAGAUGUCGCGUGUGGCCAAUGACUUGCAUCGUGACGAGGUCAGCGCUGCUCUCUGCUGUCCCAAGGCCCCAGCUCUGCCUGCAUUACAAGUGACGUUGGUAUCAUCGAAGAGGCUAUUUCACAGCAAGAGAAGGACUUGCUUUCUCAACUUCCAAAGCAGAAUUCGACUUGUAAUGUGUUUCAAGAUGUCAGUCAAUUCCAUCGAGUUACUAAGUACAAGCUGCAACUUCGUCAUGCUAAUGUGUCUCAUCGCUGCACACUCCUGUCUGCUGAUCUAAUAAAUGGUGGAUAAGUCUCUGUCCUACUGUGACUUUAAAAAUGUUUUUAUUAUCUUGCAUCCUAUGAAGAUUAUAUUUAUGUAUGUUUCAUAUGUGGGCAUUAUUGCAUAUUAUCAGUGAAAAAAGAAGACAAAAAUUAAGAUGUCAGACAUCUAAAGUUGCCUGGAAAAUCAGAACUCAUAGGCUAAAAAUAAGAUUCAAUUCUAUUGCUGAUGCACACCUGGCGAAAUAGCUCAUCGUUGGGUAUUUACAAGAAGACAUUCAUUUCUAUGGCCCCUCAUCAGGCUGCUCUCGUGUUCCCAGGUGACUUGCAUGUGGAUUAUUCUCUGUAGAGGGUGUAGCUCACAUACCACAAAUGCCAGGAUGAAACUGGAAAUGAGUAAUCUGUUCUUUAAUAAAUAA